AUGAAGCAAGUCGAAAAGUUUGUGGGAGUCAACAUGAAUGACGUGAGAGUCGUAUUACCAGCUUUAAAAGAAGCAUCAGCAAGAAUUUUCAAGGAAUACCUAGAUAACACUCACCCUAAACUCAAGAUGCUUGAUGGCCUUAUCAUCCUCAGCAUUGCAACCUUUGUUAUUUAACUAGUAUACUCCUAAGUUGCAGGCAAAGAUCCAUUUAAUUCCCUCCUCGCUGGUCUCUUCUGCUCAUUAGGUCAAUUUGCACUCUCUGCAUCACUAAGAAUUCAGUUAAGCGAUGAUGAAUACAGAGACUUCUCAAAUAAAAAAGCUAUUGGUGAAUUCAUUCUAGGCAGCUUCUUGCUAUAUCUUUCAUGCCUCUGUUUAGUCGGAUGA